AUGCGGUUUUUCUCCCUCCCACCCUACGAUCUCCCAACCUACGAGUGGGCGAAACGCAUCGUCUUCGCCGCCUAUCCUGCUCGAACGAACGCCGAUCCUCUCCCAGUCCGCGCUACCGUUCAGCACACCUUUCCUCUAGCUUACAAUCCUAUCCUGCUGCCGACCCGCAAGCGCCCAAUAAGCCUCCGGCCGAACCCCUCGAUUCGCCGCUGGCGGGCGUCCCGCAUCCCCUCGCCGCCGUCUUCGUCCUCUCCUAGCACCGAUUCUAUCCCCAGUCAGCCGCCGUCGCAGAAUGUACAGCCCGCUUCCCACACGACGUCUGUGAUUCGCGAAGCUCCCAUCGGUAGUACUGCCGCCGCCGUUCUCCCGGGGCCAUCAUCUCUACGCCGGCAGCAACCCUCCCCUUCGUCGGAUAGCGGCUUCGCCGUUAACGCCGCAUACAGGGACAUGGCGAUCGAUGACGACUACCUCCAAGACGGGAGCCAGGGCUCUUUUAGAGAUGCUUCCCCCUCCAGACCAUACACCUCGGACGAAACCGCGCCGCAACACCUCAAAUACGACAUUAGUGGCAUGCCUAUCAGUGACAUUAUCGAGAUGGUGGCGGCCCUUUUAACCAAGAUAACCUCGACCAACGACCUACAGCACGACGCCAUUCAACGAAAUCCCCUGAGCACGUCUGUCCUUGCCUUCCAUGGGAAGAACGUUCCCGCCAUCACCAUCCUUAGCUACCUCUCUAGAAUACACCGAUACUGUCCCACGACGUACGACGUAUUCCUUAGUCUCCUCGUCUACUUUGAUAGGAUGACGGAGCGGGUAAAUGACAUGGUGAUCAAGAAUGAAGAGGCCAAGAGACGCGCGUCACUGCGCCCGAGCCACGCGGGGUCCCGCAGCCAUUCCGAGAGCCGAGCGAGCGAUACCGCGAUGCAAGACGACAGCAGCGAUAGCGUCGAGUCUGACUCCGACCUCGCGGAUGACGACGACGAUGACGAUGACGAGUCGAUGGACGAUCGUGGCCACAGCGUCCCAAAGAUUAUCUCGAACCCCCACACGGUGGAGCACACUACAGGCCCCGCGACGUAUUUUGUCGUGGACAGCUUCAACAUCCACCGACUCAUCAUUGCCGGCGUAACCUGCGCCAGCAAAUUCUUUUCCGAUGUCUUUUACACCAACUCUCGCUAUGCCAAGGUUGGUGGUUUGCCUUUAGCGGAGCUGAACCAUCUUGAACUUCAGUUCCUUCUCCUGAACGACUUCCAACUUUUUGUUCCAGUGGAAGAUCUGGAGGCGUACGCUACCAUGCUUGUGGAGUUUUACGCUCGAGAAAUCGUGUCGCAGAGGCAGACUGGUGACGCAACGGAGUAG